AUGGGACAACACAGCAUCCAUCCCGAUCAUCAUGUGGCUGAAGAAAAGGGUGAGAAAGCCCAAUUCAAGGAUGCAGACAAAGCUCUAGAAUUUCUUCGACACAAUGAAACCGGAGAAGAGCUUGGUUUGGUGGACGAAAAGGCCUUGGUGAAGCGGAUUGAUUGGAUGAUCGUACCCAUUAUGUUCGCAUGCUAUUUCCUCCAGUACCUCGACAAAUCCCUAUUGAACUAUGCGGCAGUCAUGGGUAUCUUCGAGGAUGCAAACAUCUCAACCGAACAGUAUGGGACCCUGUCCUGGCUCUUCUACUUGGCCUUCAUGAUCUUCGAAAUGCCACAUGCAUACAUGAUGCAACGGUUCCCACUCGCUAAAUAUCUCGGUACCAUGGUGUGUCUCUGGGGCACAGUCGUGGCAUGUACUGCAGCAUGUAACUCCUAUGCCUCCCUUGCCGCAUGUAGGUUUUUAUUAGGCAUGUUCGAAUCUGCUGUCUCACCUUCCCUUAUCCUGGUUACUUCUAUGUGGUACAAACGUCACGAGUCACCAAAACGUAUUGGCUUCUGGUACAUUGGUGUCGGAACAGCCGUCAUGGCAGGGUCCCUGAUAUCUUACGGCUUCCAGCACUACACCGGCACAAGGUUCAAUAACUGGCAGAUCAUGUUCCUUGUCGUGGGUAUUAUCACUGUAUCAUGCGGUGUCGUCGUGCUCCUACUCCUUCCAGACAAUCCCAUGUCUUCAAGGCUCUCGCAUGCAGAAAAGAUCAUGGCGGUCGAACGUCUGCGUGAGAACAAUACUGGCAUCGAGAAUAAGCAUUUCAAGCCUUACCAAUUCUUCGAGGCUCUCAAGGACCCACAAGUUUGGCUUCUCGCGUACAUCACCACCGGUGCCAGCAUUCCCAACGGCGCGGUCGGAUCUUUUCAGAGCGUCUUGAUCCGUAGUUUUGGCUUUACCAAUAAGGAGACGGCACUCAUCCAGAUCCCGGGAGGCUUCAUCGCUGUCGUAAGCGUCAUCCUCGGGACACAGAUUGCGGCUCGAUACAAUUGCCGUGGUGUCAUGCAGAUAGUAUGGACCGCGUUGGGUGGUAUUCUCGGCGGCGGACUAAUCGCAUUUCUGCCCACCAAUGAUAAGGCUGGCAGGCUUGUGGGCAAUUACCUCACCCAUGUCACUGGCGCUUUUCUUCCACUGUCGUACUCCUAUGCUGCAUGCAACUUUGCUGGACACACCAAAAAAGUUACUAUGAACGCAAUUCUCCUUAUGUCCUUUUGUCUAGGCAAUAUUUUGGGGCCACUUACCUUCCGCGACGAGGAUGCUCCCGAUUUCGUUCCUGCUAAGAUCACCAUCGUCGCCGUUGACUCAUCGGUGGUCGUCGCCAUUGGGAUCCUCUUGUACUACUAUCGUUGGGAGAAUCGGCGUCGCGAUAAUGAAGGCUUGGAGCACCGCACAGAUAUUGAAUUCAGCGAUGUCACAGACAGAGAGAACAAGGAGCUAAGGUACAAGUACUAA